AUUAGGUGAACCCAGUAUGGCCAUCUCAAUAAAUGAUUGUUUUUGAGCCCUAAAUUUUCACUUUUCACUAUCUAUCUCUGUUUCUUCUAUUCUCUUCUCUUCUCUUCUCUUCUUAUCUCACUUUCUCUCUUUCUCUCUCUUUCUUCACAAAACACUGAAACAUUUUACCUUUCUUUCUCCCUUCUUUUUCACCAAGUGCAAUAAGACAUCAAAGGUGAAGAAGGGUAGUUUUUGGGAGCAUGGAAUGGAUCAUAGGAGUGUGUGUUGUGAUGGGCAUGUUGUUGAUGAGUUGGUGGAUUCUACUGUAUGGGAAGAAUGAUGAGAAGACUGUGGGAAAAGGCAAAGUCCCAAAAGGAAACUCUGGUUGGCCUUUACUCGGAGAGACCCUUGAUUUCAUAGCUUCUGGCUACACUUCUUCCCCUGUCACCUUCUUCGAAAAACGCAAGUCUUUGUACGGGAAUGUGUUCAAGACAUGCAUUUUGGGGAGCAAUGUCAUAAUAUCGACUGACCCGGACGUCAACAAGGUGGUUCUGCAGAACCACCAAGGCAACUUCGUCCCUGCUUAUCCAAAAUCAAUUAGAGAAUUGAUGGGAGAACAAUCCAUACUCAAAAUGAACGGGACCAUGCAUAAGAAAGUGCACACUCUCAUCGCAGGGUUCCUCCGAUCCCCACAACUCAAAGCUCGAAUCACCAGAGACAUUGAACACACUGUCAAACAAUGCUUGGCAUCUUGGACUUCCCACCAAACAAUAUACGUUCAAGAUCAAGUCAAAAGGAUUACAUUUCCUGUUUUGGUCAAAGUUCUGAUGAGCGUUGGUCCUGGUGAAGAAUUGGACUUCCUGUAUAGAGAGUUUGCAGAAUUCAUCAAAGGGUUGAUUUGCUUACCCCUCAAAUUUCCCGGAACAAGACUAUAUAAAUCCUUGAAGUCGAAAGAUAGGAUGGUGAAGAUGGUGAGGAAGAUAGUAGAGGAGAGGAAGAAGCUAAUGAUAGAUAAUGAUGCAGAUGACGAAGGUGAUGCAGUGAAUGAUGUAUUGGAGGCACUGUUACGAGAUAAGGGUGACUCCAGCUCAAGCGCACGCCUGAGUCCAGACAUGAUUAGCCAAAACAUCAUAGAGAUGAUGAUACCAGGGGAGGAAACACUUCCUACAGCUAUGACCAUGGCCCUCAAGUUCCUCAGUGACUCUCCUAUCGCUUUAUCUAAACUUAAGGAGGAGAACAUGGAACUGAAGAGACUAAAGACUAAUUGCUCAGAAGAUUAUGCAUGGACUGAUUACAUGUCACUGCCAUUUACUCAAAAUGUUAUCAGUGAAACUCUCAGAAUGGCCAAUAUUGUCAAUGGCAUUUGGAGGAAAUCGCUCAAUGACAUAGAAAUUAAAGGGUACCUGAUUCCGAAGGACUGGUGUGUCAUGGCAUCUCUUACCUCGGUUCACAUGGACGAGAAGAACUAUGAAAACCCUUUUAAAUUCGAUCCAUGCAGAUGGGAGAAAAUUGGAGCUGUGGCUGGUUGCAACAGCUUUGCCCCAUUUGGCGGUGGAAAUAGACUAUGUCCUGGAUUAGAACUCUCCAGGCUCGAGCUCUCUAUUUUCCUUCAUCAUCUUGUUACUACUUACAGGUGGAUGGCUGAGAGGGAUGAAAUCGUCUACUUUCCAACUGUGAAGAUGAAGAGGAAGCUCCCAAUUUGCGUGCAACCCAUUAACGCUUGACUGGAUUGGAUUACACCAUCAAGAAAAUGGCAAGAGACGUAUUAAAGGGUUGUAUUGUAUCCAUGACAGAAGGAGUAGAAUGAAUAAAAUUUAAGAGACUCAAAUACAUAAGCAUUCAUAAA